AUGAGCUCGGUUGCCAUUUCACAGAAACGCCUUCUUGCAUCUUUCGAUUUGCACCGACCAGACGACAAGUCCGAGCACCAGUUCUCGCCGGUCCGUAUGUCCUGUGCCCCCGCCGACGUCGACGUCGGGCCCCUGCCCGUGCGACUUGGCCGCUUGCCCCAUCUCGUCCGCUCCUCCUCCAGCCUCGCCGUCGUCGUCGCCGUCGCCGUCGCCAUCGCGUCAACGCCACCAGCCACUCCGACGGUCGCGACGGUCGCGACAGAAACGACAAUCGCGACGCCGCCGAAGCCGUCGACGCUGGCAAAGUCAGAAGAUGAGAAGGCCGUUGACUGCCUGUCGUCAGGCCGGCCGGAAUGCGCCACUGGGCCGGCCGAGACGACAAUCGGCAGAAGCGUCGUCUCCACCGAGACUGUCGGCCCGUCGUUGGCGCUGCAGUUCGCGGCUGAACAGCUGAUCGAGGCGUGGAGCCUGGUCGGGCAACAAGACUUGUUGGCGGCCCAGGCCGAUUUGCGCGAGUUGCUGGGUCGGUUCGCCAAUCUCGGCCGGCAGCAGCGCCUCUGGAGUCAGCGGAUAUGGACGCAGCUCAAACGAUACGUGAGUGCCUCUGGUAGACAUCAUUUCUUGCCGACUCGGCUACAUUCCAACAUGCCUGGGCACAUACAAGUCGGGCUGCUCGGUCGACUUUUGGUAGAUGCUAUUUGCGCGAAAACAUUUUCACCUUCCAGCGGAGGACCUCAGAACCAACUUGCACGCAAGCAGAUGCGGAACUUUCCCAUUUUUGCAGUUCAUGACUGGAAGUAA